GCUUGCGGUAGUUCUUUUCAUAAAAGACAGAUCGCUCAAGAUGUCUAUACGAUAUUAUCCAGUUUGUAUUGCGUUCACGGCACUAAGUGGCCGGCUUUUGUCGCUGUCGAAUUUUCAGUUGCAACACAAAGCACUGUUUACAUUUAUGGGGGCGCUUAUGCAUGAAUUAUCUUCCUGAAGAAGCGCAGCUGUACUUUGAGUGUGCGUCACAUAAUUUGCUUAAAACCAUUUCCACCAGUUGAGGUAGACGACUACCAGUGUAGAUCACCGCAUAUCACCGCUUAAUUGCUGGAUUUUUUAAACCACGAAAAAAAAAAAAACUACCUGAGAGAUACAAUAUUGCUCUUGAUACAUUUUUGUUCGAUUGCACAAAAGGAAUCAUCUAUGGCGGGAAAGGGAGAAGGCUUGGAGCGAAAAGCGAUUCGAGAUGAGAACCGGGUAGCAUCUACACAGCAAAAUAAUGAUGACUCAAGGCAAAGAGUUCUGCUUCAUGGAGAAAAUCUUCACGCACCGAUCAAAAACGAGCCGCGCUACAUUGUGGAGUCCGAUAAAAUAAAGGCCGAAGAACUUGAUAUUUCUGAUUCUGCGAGUCAAUUCACAAGAACGUAUUAUAAUACAAGAAGGGCUGGAGUCGAAAACCAUCAACAGACCUUCCAAUCCUCGGCAAACGAGGAUACCAACGGGCAAAAUGACCAGGCACCUCUGACUCAGGGGUCAGGCAGAGGGGACCAAAAUCAGAAUUACCCCUCAAGACCAGCACCGCAGGGUCUCAUCGGCGUUAUACCUCCCAGGGAGCUAGACAUGGGACCACAGGGAGACGAUGCAGACAACUCACCGAACUAUCGCCGUAUGGCUGUUUGUCAAGAGACAGACGACGCUUUGGGCCAGAGGACAAAAAUGCGCGUUUACAUGAAGCGUUUUUGAAAUUCUAGAAAUGAUGUCCUUGAACAAGGUGAAGCUGAAUUCUGAGGCAAUUUUGUAUAGCGGUCGGAAAUUCAGAAAGGUUCGUCUUUGGUGAUGCAUUUAAACUGAAGAAUCUAUCGUUGACAAAACAGCUACUGUCAGCGAAAGACUAGUCUAAGUACAGCGAAGAAGGAUCCACUCAUCUGUUCUCGUAAAGACUUUCUUUGAUUCCGUCGAAACUAGAACUGGUGCACCUGUUUCUCCAGGUGUGACACUCCUUUUUGAGCCAGUCAUCUAAUAUUAACACACGGGUAUUAGAUACAGGCGUUCAUGGUUAUGAUUUCUUAGUAGGGGGAAGCUUAAGUUGGCUUAUAAGAAACCAUUAGGAAAGUUCAGUUGUGUUGUGCAGUCAGAACAAGUGAUUCUAACCAUCGUUUACGGGCGCUUAACACAACUUUUACCCCUCGUUUCAUAUCGUUCGCAGUCUUUCCUCAGAAGGAAACUUGAAAAGAGCCACGUACGUACGUGCAACCCUCUAUUUAGCCCUCCCUUUCUUAGAAGAAAAAAAACCUUGCAACAGAGGAGAUCUAAUUACCUUCUCUAUUAAUAUAUAACACAACUGGUCGUGUAAGUUUAGGCAGUUUAGCCCAGACUUACUUGUCAUUAGACGAAAUUAACAUCACAGUGAAUGUUAACUUACUAGUACAGUGUAUAGAUACAGACAGGCGAAAAAGGCACAAAAGAUUAAAUCCGUAGCAAUUGGGCUAAAUUUUCAGAGUGCAGGCCAUACUUGCUCAAGUUUGUAAUUAAAUUUAUGGAAGCGUCUUUGUAUUGCCCGAAAAUAUUGAUGAUCAUUGUGUCAUUUUACGAAAAAAAGAAAAACUGCUGCACUAGAAAUUUGAGAAUUAAAAUGAUAAAUUACUUGAAGUCAGGUUUGAUUUCCUCCACUUUUUUUUUUAAGAGCGUGGGCUCACUUCCCGAACAGCAGUUAGGUAUUGUGUCUGUUACUAGAAUGAGGGACAUGAGAUCUACCCAAACAAUCAACAAGGAGUUACUGUACAAAACUUUAUUCACAUAUGAAUACAAGCAGUUAUUAACGUAAAAAAAGGCUCCGAAGGGGGUAAGCAGUUUUCCUACUGCUUUCCCCCCGCAGAAUGAUUAAGUUACGAUAAACAAAUUAGAACAAAUUCUGGCAAUACUGCAGCAGGGACGGAUCCAGGAAUAUUGGAUAGGCGGGGGGUCCAGACUGAUUCACACAACACAGAAACUUCUUUUCAAAACUAAGGCCUAAACAAGCUAAGAAAUUUAUAAGUAUACUUCGAAUACUUCAAGUUCAGUAUUUAAAGACAAUCCUACCGUCGAGGAAUUCUAGUUGCACACAGGCAGUCGUAAUACCCCCAGAUAUUCCCGAUGUUCGGCAUUGUUCACGGACACAUUGUAAAGCCGAGAUCUUAUCAACGUUUCAAGAUCAAUUACGCUGUUUUAGCAACAAGAUGCGACUGCAAGUUAGGACGUCGCACUUAUUUGAGAAAACGACUGGGCACGGAAAGAUUAGGCGCACCUCUUCAAACUGACGUUGCGUUGAAAAUGUACGAUUGUGUAUUUUCCAGCCCUCUCGAAGACGCAGGACCUAAGAGCAGGUCAAAAGGGUUUUAACUAACUUGUAAAGGGAGCACUUGAUUAGGUUCUGCAUGCAAUCUUAAUUCAACAUGUAAAAAGUUAAUUCUGACAAAGAACAGAAAUAUCAACAAAAGACCGCUUGAUCUAGCCUGGCCACAUUUCGAUUCAAGUUUAGAAAUUUGCUCAAUUAUUUGUGCUAGGCGUAAUCAGCCUUACUAUCCGCGUCUUCAAUCACGGUCAUGACUUUGCAUCCUAAGCCCGCGCAUCCUGUUGCUAAAUCAAUCUAAUAUCAACGUAUAAACAGAAAAGUAUUUAGGGUUCUGUGCCAGUUCGAAAAGGCUAGGGAAACAAGUGCGGACAUAGUUUUGAUCGUAGUCUCGCCAAUACCUCUGACAAAAACAUAGUUCAAAGGACCUGCUUUGAACCAGAUACUCGAGCCCGAGGACACGAUACAUGUACAUAUAAAUUAAUUUCAUCUGAACUUAAAAACUUCAUGGUGAAUAGAUUUCUAGAUACGAUAAUGCAGAAAAAAAAAAAAAAAAAAAA